UCAGAGUUUACAAUUGUUCUGCUUUCCCAAUAUUUUUUCCUUUUUUUCAAAUUCUGCAUUUUAUUCUACUAUUCUGUUAAUGUUAGGUCCAUUUUGAGAACUUAAGUCCUUUGAUUUGUUGUUAGUUUUCUGUUGGUAUUUUAUAGUCACAAAGAUUUCAUAGAUCCAGUUUAAAAAGUACUGAUUUAGUACAAGUAAGGAGGCUUCAACUGCAGAUAUGGGGAUGACAAAGACCUGCUGGGCCUUAGGGAAGCUACAAUUUUUUGUGUCAAAUCUGUUGUUAAACAAGCAGCAUUGUGCAGCCGUCAUACAUCUUUCUAAAUUGUACAGUGCUUUCCUCACCCUUGAACAGGAAAGUGAGAGAAGAAUAUGAAAGAAAUGUGUAUAAGACAAAGCUGCAAUAAAAAAAUUACAUGGUACAAAUUUAUAAAAUGCAAAUUUAAUUGGUUCAUUUUCUUAGGAUUUUUGAUUCUUGAGUAAUGUAAAAUCUUUCAAUUUACUGCUUUUUAAGCUUUUAAGUAUGUUUUUUCUUAUUUGACUGGCACAGGAGUCAAAUAAGACUAUACAAGUUCUCAAUCACUACCUCUCCCUUACAUUUUGCAAAAAUCCUUUUCCCAUUGAUUAAAACCACAGAGAUAACAGUAUUUUUAAAAUCCAGACCUAGGAGCUAAAAUUUUACUACCAUAGCUCAAAUAAAGUUUACCUUUUUUUCCCCCAAUAUUUAUGUCAGAACCUGUGGGCAUUUGGGGGCUUGAUAACAUAAAGAGGUCCCAGGGCACGCAUGAAAGAGGAGUAGAAGGAGUAUUUGUUUACAUCUUUCCAGUGACAGUCAACUCUUGAGCAAUCAAAAAUUCUGCACCAUUGCAAACUGGAUAAAAGAAUUUCUGUUAAAAGGAAAGCAGUUCAAAUGCUGCAUAAGAAUGUAUAAGUGUAUUUUUAAAUGUAUUUUUUACAUUUUCUAUUUUUGAGUCAAAACAAAACAACCUACUAUGAGUAAGUGCUUAAGGGACUGUGCCCAAAAGCAGUAUUUUCUGUCAUUUGCACAGAAGCUAUACCCCAGGUUAAAAGCUGGACCAGUGGAAGCUUUCUAUUGGAAGUACUAUUUAGCUACAGCAUUCAUCUGGUUUUUUGGGAAAUAGAUUUAAACUUCCAAAUGCAUUUUAUACAGAAUUUCAAACAGCCUCCACACAGUAAGGUUACUGCUUGGAAGCUCUUUUGCACAGAAACUGAAUGAAAAUGGUUUGGAGAGGUUUUUUAAUACUCUACAAAGUACUGGAUUUCUUUUUUCCCUUUGGAGACAAAAAUCAAGAUGUUGAGUGUAGGACAUUUACUAUUUGAGGCAUUUUCUGUACAAGGAUAAAAGCAAAAAUAGUCUAAGAUUAUUAUGCUACUAUUUUUUUCCUCUUCUGCAAAUUUGAGCUGACAUUUUAUUCAAUUAAUAAGGAAAUCUGUCAAGGUCAAGAAACCAAUCAAAAACAUUUGAUUUAUAGUUUCAACCUUUACAUUUAUAGUAGCUGUUGUGAUUUCAGAGUAUUUUUGAAGAUCCACAAACCAGCCUUCUACAUUGGCUUUCAAGUAGUUGUUUCAAAUCAAAGAACAAUUGCCUGACUGAGUCAUCAAACUAUGUAUCAGGACACCUGAGUUUUAUGCCUACAGGCAAAUUAUAGCCUAAUUUUUAGGUGUCAUGCACUUCUUUAACUCCCACUUAUCUAAAACAGUUGCAAGAGCUUGGCACCUCUGAAACUUGUUUUUAAACCAUUUUGGGAAUAUCUUCUUUACAGAUGAGCUGGAGAGCUCUUUUAGUGUUCACAAUACAUUUGAAAUGUUUAGUACGAGCAUUACAGAAAUGCAGUCAUUACUAGCAAAUGUUUCAUUGAAGCAGUCCUGUUGUUUUCUCAUCUCAGUGCAGUACAGUUCAAGUUAUCUUUAGAGAACCUCACAAUUAAACAUUACAGUUUAUUAGACAGAACAGAGCAAGAGACAGAAGGAGCAUGUGAUGGAUAACAGUCUUUUAGAAUGAAAGCUGAAGGGUGGAAGAUGAUGAGCGAAGGUGAAGAGCAAGUGGUGGCAGAAGUAGGACCUAGCAAUCACAUGGGUUCCCUCUUCUUUAGAAGACCCCUACUGAAAGGAUCCAGAAAACGUGGUGAGAAAAUAGACAUACUAGCCCUGCUUUUGAUAACAUUCAGAAGCCAUACAGAGAUCACAACUCAGUGGGUUUGCAGAGCUGGUCAAGGAAGUAGCCAGAAAAAUCAAAGUCCCAAUUCUUUGUAAUGAAUUGCGUUAUGUAUUAGAAGUGUCAUACAUUUUGGUUUACCAGUGUAGGUAGGCUUAUUUGUGACAAGUAGUAUUUGUGAUUAGGGAAAUUACAUCAAGAGAAAAAACAGCAGUGGUUGGAUAGACCAGAGGAAUUUGGGUGAGUCUGUGAAUGAGUGUUUGGAGAUGGGUGCAGAACAAAGGGUUGAUUUUCAAACAUGAUUUAUUUAGAAAAUAAAGAUUUAUUAAAGGACAGAGGCAAUAACUUACUAAUAAAUGUAUCAAAUGCAAUAGUUAAAUCCACCAAAUCUAUGAAUAAGAAGUUAAUAAAAGUGAUUAACUUGCAGUAGACCUGAACCUACAGGAUCCCUAAUUAAGGUGACCAUGAAUCAAACCAGUUUUUACUGGAAUCCUCAAUAUUACAAAUACCACCUCAUUCUACAAGGAUUAAACCAGGGUGUUUUUUAAAACUCUUCAACCAAGGAUGAGCACAUGCACCAGACAGGCGAAUUAAGCAUAAGGAGAACUGAACAUUUUCCUUUUACCACAUCUUUCUGCAUGAAAACCACACAUAAUUUUUGCAUCCUCCCAUCGCUAACUUAUCCAGCCCACUCAGCAGGACUGGCUUGACAGGAAGAAAACAGUGCUAAAUUCAUUUGGCCACUGUCUCUUUUUUUUUUCCCCCCUCCAGUUUUCUAUUCUUGCUGAUUUGCAAAGUCUCAGGUGACUGAGUUAUGAGUUGUUUGUCCAACAGCUCCUUUGUUCUGAUCUGUGCUUCAGCAAAAACUGGAAAAACCUGUUCACUUACUCUUUUUUUUUUUUAAUCGUCCUCACUCCAAUUGGUAGCUGCAGCUUGCACACAUGCAGACAAGGUGGUGCCUACCUUUCAUGUGGAAAGCUGCCUUACAAAAACAUCUGAGGUUGUAUUUCCCAUUAUCCCAGUUUUUCUAGCCUCAUACAGACUUUGGUAGAUGCUCCAAGACCUAAACUCCAUUUGCUCUCCGUGAAAUCUGUUUAUGUUGUUAUCUUAUUUUUCUUCAAGCAAAAGAAAGGUGUGUCUCCAGUGCAAUCAUUUGAAAUAAUAAUUUAUGAACUCUAGGAGAUCUGCAGAAACCAGCCUUGUGAAAUGUACUUUUUUGGACACAGAAGUCUGUCUGCCUUACAGCAUCUGCACAUGAUGUGGUGUUAAUAUCUGUAAGACAGAACAAACAGCUAGGAGACAAGCUAAAUCUGCAAAAAGCAGACAAUUUGAGAAGAAACUUUUGUUUCCAUCUCUUUCCUUUUCUUCUUGCUCUGUGCUGCUGUUGGAACAAGAAUGGGUCAGCUAUGUGGACGAUGCAUGCAGCUCCUGCGGGACUUCAUAGGCUUUGUUCAGAGGAUGUCCUCUGACUUGGUGCAAAGCAUCAAGGAAUGCUUAACUCUGAUAAGCAAAUGCUCCUGCUUAAAACAAAACAGCUCUAAAAACAGGCAGCUGUACAAGCCCAUCCUACAGCCUCAUGAGAGAGUGACAGCACAGGAGUUUCUGCAGCAUAUUGAAACAGAUUUUGAAAUGUCUCCACUUGGAAAGGACCCUCUGGAAGCCUUGAGGACCUUAUCCUUUUCAGAAAACCCAGGUUUACAGCAGUCAGCUGCCCUCUAUUACUUGCAUAUGAGUCAGCACAUGAACAUUCCCCUGCCUGUGGAGCAUCUGGAACCCUUCUAUGCCUUACUACGUUCUGCUGACCUGGAGGUGCAGCAGAUGUCUUCCUUGUCUCUUGUCAACUUCUUGCUGGAAGGAAAUAUUGACAAAGAAUUAGUUGUCCAAAUGGGUUUACUUGAGCCAAUUUUGGAUCUGCUUGAGUCAGAGGAUCCCACUGUCGAGUGUAAUUCCUGUGCCUGCAUCAUGACUUUGGCUGUUUCAGAGUCCAACCGAGAAGCUAUUGGUGCUGCUAGAGGAGUUACACCCCUGCUGUCCCUUGCCAAGUCCUAUGAUCCCAGAGUCCAACAAAAUGCAGUUGGUGCUAUUCUGAACCUCACACAAUCAGAGAAAAUCCAACAAGUCCUAUGCAAGGAGGGAGCCCUACCAGUUCUUGCCGUGCUGCUGGAAUCUCCUGACUCAGAAGUCCAGUAUUACAGCUGUGCUGCCCUGAGCAAUGUGGCAGCCAAUGUUCAGCACCACAAAGCCUUGCUGAGACCCAGUGACAAAUUCCUGCUGCGGACCCUGAUCUCUCUCCUCUCCUCUUCUGUGGACAAGGUUUCAAGCCAGGCAUGUGUUUGCCUAAGAAAUUUGGCUAUCAGUGCAGACAUCCAGGCUGAGAUGGUAGCUGAGAAUGUACUGCCCAAGCUGUGCUCUCUCCUGGCCUCUGGCAGCGAGGAUGUGCGUCGUGCCUCCAUUGCUCUGCUCUGGAUACUCUCCCAGCACCCACCCAACCAGGAUACUCUGGCAUGUGCUGAGCUACUGCAGAGCCUGGGGACAUUACUGGCAGCACAUAAAACAGACCCUGUGAUUGCUGGACAUACUGCUUGCAUCAUCAAAAACCUGAGCCUUUCCAAAAACAGACAGAGAAUCACUGAGAGCCGCUGUGUCGAAGGUCUCCUUCAGACCAUGCUUUUGACUGACACUCAGGAAGACUCCCUUCAUUAUGUGACAUCCUGCCUUGCUGAGCUGGCAAAGCAAGAAGGAGCCAUGUUACACAUGGUCCAGUGGAUGGAUGAAUCUCUGACAAAGUGCUUGGUGAGACUGGCUGGCCAGCUGGAACAUCCAGAGCCAUCCUUUCAUGCUGCCUCCAUCAUCCUGCACAUGAGCAGUCAUGAAAAAGUUAUGCUUUUGUGGAAGCAUCACAUUAGAGAGAUUCAAGCCUACCUCAAGAAUUUUCUUACCCACCCAGAGGUCUGUUUUCAGCAGCUGGGCAUCUCCACAUUCUGCAGACUACGAGCAGAUCCAGACUUUUCAUUAGCAUUCAGAAAAAGCCAAAUGGCCAGACUCCUUGAACAAGUCCGUCAACAAACAGAAGAAACUCAAGAGCUCCUUAGGGCAGCUAUGUACCAUGAAGACAGUUAAUAUUUAAGCCAAAUGCCUUAUGAAAACUUACCAGAUCCAAGGGCCUGAACUUUCAGAGGAUACAACUCUUUUCAUUGGUUCCUGUAAUUUUCCUUCUACUUGCAGUUUCGUCAUACAGGAGAGAUGUCCUGAUAACAAGAAUUGGAGCAGGUGAAAACACAAUUCCUUGGACCCUUUGUCCUUGGACCCAUAAGUGUGCUUGAGGACAUGGCUACAUGUCAAAAAACACCCGCUAUGCUUCGUUAACCUUCCAUGGUUUUUGGUUUCCUCACCCUCCCUUCAGAAAAAUCAGCACUGUAUUAAUGAGGUUUUAUUCAUGCAACAGGCUAAUUCCAGUGAUGAGGCAUCUCUCAAGUAUGCAGGUGACUCUGCAUUCAUCUUUAUUCUGUUUCUGUUCCAUGUCCUGUAUUUCAGAGCAGACUCCAAGGACUUUAGAAAGUAACUGAAUCAGCCCACACUAUAAAGGUAGAAAGCCAUGAACAGGUUACUAUAGAAUGUUACUGCUGAGGGACAGUUCAGAAAGUGCAAGAAAUUUGUAAGAAACAAGGAUGGGUGAAGCCUUACAGUUGAUCUUUGUCCACACUAUAGGCAUUACUCUCCAACAGAAGAGCAAAGGCACGUUAAGGCAAGGAAGUGUUGCACAGAGCAAGAACAGAACACAGCAGGAGCCAUGAAUGAUUUGGGUGAGAUGUGUUUAAGUACAGAACUGUGUUCUGCAAAUGUUAAAUUAUUUCCAAAGCUACUUGCAACAAGGAAAGAGUGAAAAUAUUUGGCAAAAUUAGGAAUUUUUGUUGUAUUUUGAUAUUGAUGCUUCAUUUUAAAUGGAGUUAAAAAACAAUAAAAAGGUAGUCAUGUGUUUGAGUUCAACUAAUUUUCUUACAUAUAUACUUCCCAUGGGCAGGCAGAUGUUCAGCCAUCUCCAGGAAAGCUGGGUUCCAUCAUGUGUAAUGGUUACUUGGGAAGACACACACUGUAUCUUCAAACACCCCCCCCGCCCCUUUCCUCUUCCUUCCCCCAGUUUUAUAUGCCCAGCAUGACAAUGUAAGGUAUGGAAUGUUGCUGUGGUCAACCUGCCCCCAGCUGUCCCCUCACAAUUUCUUUUGCAACCCCAGGCAGGUGGAGUGGUGUGAAAAGCAGACUCUGUGCAAGCACUGCUGAGUGGUAACUAAAACAUCCCUGUGUUACCAACCUUGUGUUCAGCACAAAACCAAACACAGCCCCCUCUGAGCUACUGUGAAGAAAAUUAACUCUACCCAGGCAAAAGCAGCACACUGGCUCUGGAGGUACUUCUGACCAUCUCAUAACUCUUAUGUGCAUGUAGAGCUUUAGAGCUGAUACUAGUUAAAAACAUGGAAUAAAAGUGAGAUUAGAA